AUGAAAGGUAACAUUGAUCGCACACCAAAUGGAACCCAAAUAUCCAGUGAAGAUCCAAUGAAAAUAAAACUAAGAAAAAUAGCUGAAUCAAAACUUACAGUACCUUCUCCAGAACUCAUUAUUAGAAAAAUGUAGGAGAAAUUAGAUAAAAGAUUGAUUGAAACUAGCACAAUUAUAAAUAACAAAGCAAUAGUAAUUAGAUAAGACAGUGAAAGCCAUUUUUAGACAAAGAAACUAAGCUUUUUGUAAAACUAAUAUAAAAUGAAAUAAAGUCAGGAUUAGCAAUAGCAGCAAAGUAAAGGAAUUCUAAGCAUACAUCCUAGCUUUUACGAUCAGAUCCCAUACUACAGGAAAAUCAUGAAAAUACCUAUGACAAAACUGAAGCAUGAGUUGGAAAGUUUGCAAAUAUAAACUCCUGAGAAUAAUACCAGAGACCAAAAUAAUGAUAUCAAACACAUAAACUAUAACUCAAUAAGUAACGGCAUGAAGCCUUCUUUGAAGAACUCAACUUCUUAGUAAAGUCUUAAAUUGCCAGCAAUUCUAGACCAAGACUAGAAAGGUUUUUUACCUCCAAUAUCAAGUUCUAUCGUCUAAAAAGUUUCAGCUGAGGAAAAUGUUACGAAAUCAAUGAAGGCCUCUUUUUCAAUGAGUUAAAUAUCAACAAAUUUUGCAGGGAAAUCUCAAUAGCAAAGUCUAACUUACAACUACUAUAACUCAAAUUAAUCUAACAACCAUCACCUAUAGUCAUAACUAAAUGGCUAGUCAAGAAAUCAAACUUAAUAAUCUGUAGAUCUCUAGGUUUCAGGAAUGCACAUAAAUGGUUCCAACUUUAUGACUGGAGAACCAAAUUCUUAAAAUAACUCAUUUGAGCUAAAUUAGUCAUCCAGUGUUAAAAAGAACAAUAGGUAAUCAAGCAUCACUGGAAUAAUCAAACCAAUGAACAAAAGAAACUAUAGUCAAGAAACCUCUCUUAAUAGACUAAAAGAUUAAACAAUGGCAAUAGUUCAAUCAUAGCCUAAGUUACUCAUUUCAAACGGUAAAAUGCCGUAGAUCGCUCCUUCAUCUACCAAGGAAAUUCAAUACCUUUCUCUGGAUGUCCCUUUAAGAGUGAAAAUUCAAAGGAAAAAGGCAAACUAAGCACUUAUUAAGUGGAAUGAGCAAAGGAAGUAAAGGUAGCACAAUAGUCUCGCUGCCUUACAAAACGAGGAUAGUAAGCUGGACAUAGUAAAUGAUUGCAUGAAAAUUAACAUCAAGAAUGAAAAGUCCUUCUUGGAUGAAUCGACUUUUAAAAAAGAGGCUAAAAAAAUUCAAUCAGUAGCAAAUAUCUUUAAGACAUUAAAUCUAUGA